CACGAAACAGGGCGUGGCUUGUGAAACCACGCAGUAUAUAAAGCAUGGGCAGCUCCCCGGUUUUCAGUCCUCCAGAACCCGUUCCAGGCGUCUCAUUUCUCGUCCGCAACCACUUGCGCUGAAGGAAUUAGGCACCAUUUACUCCUCUCUCUUGUGGUCCCCUCCCUCUUGCGUUUGCCUGCGCCCACAAAGUGACGUAGAGCUACCCAGCCAUUCCUCGUCUGCAAUGGCUGCACUUGGCGUACCCUCUCCUCGCGAAACUCUACCCUCUUCCUCCUCGGUGGGAGGUCUGCAGGUGACAAUCCAGCCAACGACUGGUAGCCUCUCGACAGCAGAUCCCCCAAGCCCACCAAAGGUUGUGUCGACCAAGGGCCUCGGUUUCUCAGAGGACCUAGACCCGGACACCCGCAAGGCCCGAUUCACGACCUUCUACAUCGUCGACGAUGAUGAUUUCGCCUUUUUCGGCACCGUCUUCAAGCCCAAAAAGGACAUCACCGUACAGGACAUCAACUCUGCCCUAGCGUAUAUCCCAGGCGAGCGGAUCUAUCCUCCGAUGCCUGCAGACACUACCGUAACCGUUGCUCCGGAACGCAUCGGGGAACAGAUGGACGAAUUCUACACCAAAGGCCCUAGCUUAAUAAUUUACGAUGAGGUUCAAGACUCAUACCCUGAAUACCUCUCAGAUCUUCUCUACCGCGAAGUUCGCAUUAUGGAGGUCAUCGCCAAACACCCCCACCCCAAUAUUAUUGGAUAUCACGGUGUGCGUGUGCGGCGUGGGCGAAUCACUGGCAUGGUUCUGAACAGGCACAAGGACACCCUUCUGAACCAUCUCCGCGGAGGACGAGCAAUCAACAAGGGUGCUUUUAUGCAAGCCCUUGCGUCAGCAGUUGCCUAUCUGCACUCGAUCUGUCUCGCUCACAACGACAUCAAUCCGGAGAAUGUUAUGGUGGAUGAGCAAGAUAUGCCAAUUCUCAUUGACUUUGGUUCUUGCCAGCCCCCUGGGAAGCGUCUACUCACGGCUGGCACUCUAGGAUGGGUGUGGGACAAUUUUCUCUAUUCUGACCAGAAAAACGAUCUGUUCGCACUGGGCAAAAUUGCGGUGUGGUUGGAGAAUCCCACGGUUUAGGGGACGCAGUUCGCGGGGCAGUGAAUAUCAUUCUAAACACAAAUUGCUAC